CAGCGAUUGUGGGAAAAUCAGAGAAGACACCAAACACUCCGAAUGAUUAAAUCAUGACGGUGCUUUACUGUGAUUUCAACCGUACACAGUUGUACAUUCUUAAAAGUUUCAUGUUUCUAUGUGGAAGGUACUCUCACAUGCCUGACUUCUGAGUCUGUAAUGGUUUAAACCCCUAGUUAGUAUUUUAUUUAACUAAGGUUUUUCGGGUAUUAAUCUCGAUCAUGCUCAAAUAUAUGCGAACUAACAUUAGGGUGUGCGGUAUGCAUUAAAUGUGUGAAACAAACACACACACAAAAAUCAUGUUGGAGUAUGAGAGCCACACCUAUCAUGCCCUUAGGCUCAUAGACUAGUUCAAACAAGCAAGUCUGCAGUCUAAGAUUACAACUCACACACACACACACGGCUUACUCUUGUCAAAAUACCUAUAAUACCUUUGCAUAGUAAACUCUCAGAACAGGUGUGUCUGUCUAUUUUUGAUUUUUGGUGCUGUAAAGAUAGGGGUGUACGACUAGUGUGGAUAGAUUCCAAAGAUCCAGGUUUUAUUGGAAAAAGUUUAAAGCGUUGGAUUGGAAGAAGGUUUCUACUGUAAGUCUAGAAAAACACUGGGCAAAGUUUAUGAACCAAACGUGUGUGUGUAAGAUUCGAUGAACAGGGCGGGUACGUUCUCAAAAUAGAGGUGUGUGUUGGAGAAUGCUGAUUUACAGGUAAUGCCGAUGGGUGGGUGAGGGUGUGCGUACAGGUUUGUGGACACUACAGCUAAACCACCACCAGAGGAACUGAUUUACUGUCAUGAAAAAGAGAGAGCAGAACGAGACAGGAGAGCAGGAGGGGUAAAAGCACCCAGGCUCUUAAUGCGUAAUCGAGAGAGUGGGAGGGAGGGAGAGAGAGAGAGAGAGACUGAGAGAGACGAGGGGGUGACUUGCAGGAUCUUAUCGAGCGUAAUUGCUGCUACAGCGGCUGUCAUUUACAGCCAGCGCCAGACUGCAGUGGAGAGUGUUUCGGCCAUGCCGUGUACAGCACGGAGGAACGCCGUGUGUGGGCUUGCAGCACUCAUCCUGGGCCUGCUCUCUCUGGCUCACGUUGUCACAGCUUCUGAGUGUGAGCAGAGCUUCUACAGAAACACCCCCCCAGAGCGGGUCACCGAGUCGGGCCUGGAGAGGAAAUGCCACAGCCUGGGAGGUGGGCGCACUUUCAUUUCACUCCAUCACCCCGGACGGCAGUCUGACGUCUACACGGCUCUGCACCUUGGAGAGCAUAAUGCAUGGGGUAAAGGAACAGCCGGAGAGGUGGACAGAACGAGUGAGACAGCAGGCCAAGAAGGAGUGCACAUCCCAGCUUUGUACAAGAGGGACCAUGAUGACGCUUCAUCAUCCUCAGCUUCCCCCUUCCAUAAACUCGAUGCUCUUACUGCAAAGCUGGUAGAGAGCAGGAUAGUGCCUCGGUGCUCUGAAGCAGGGGCGAGCGUGUACGUUCAGAGCGGAGUGGGUGGGCUGGGUGAGACCAAGCCAGAUGUGCUGUGGUCGGCAGUGUGCUGCGAUGUUCCUCAUGGACCCGGCAGCUUCAGUACGGGAGUGCUCCAAGAGGGUGAUGGUGAGAUGAAGCUGAUGAGUGUGAAGGAGCUGGAGGAACUGGUGGACGUUAACGAGCUUUUCUCGGGUGGUUGUGGAGAGACAGGAAGUCUGGAAGAUGAUGUGCUCGGAGACGGUGAAGUUCUCGAUGAAGACGCAGACACGGCCGAGGAAGACAAAAGCAGUGAUGAGGACGAGGUUUCCAGCACGACAGGAGACAGAUCCGAGUCUGAACCCAGUCAGGAGGAAAGCGGUAGUGAAACGGAUUAUCAAGAGGAAAGUGUUGUCCUCUAUGUCUUGUCUUCUGCUGUCUCUCUCCUGUACGCUCCUCUCUCUCCAGUUGUCUCCACCCUCACCAACCUCCCCUUUCAAGUCUGCUACGUCUUGCAAGAGGACGCAGCCGUGCUGGCAUCGCUGCCUGGCGAAGGCUUCAGUUUAGUUCAGAACCUGGGCUCGGGCGUAGUCUCGGGUGUCGAGAAUGUAGGCAGUGUCGCGUACCAAGUGGGUGAAACUGGUGUGUGCUCAAUCUACACUUUGUUAAGCACGUUAACAGGCACCCUCAUGCUUUCAUUCCAGGAGGGACUGACAGGUACAGGGACACUAAUGUGUGACGCUCUGGGGCUUGGGACUGGCGCACUAGGUGAAGUCUGGGACUUGGGCUCGGGGGUAGUAGGCCGCAUAUGCAAAGGGCUUGGUGGGUACAUGGGUACACUGGGUUCAGAGAUAGGCGAGCAAAGCUGGGAAGUAGGUCAAGGGAUAGGCACGUUAGUCUGGAGGGUACAGAAUGGACUUCUGCAUGUAGUUAAUACGGCUUUUGGCGUUGUUGGGGGAGUGUUGGGAAACACCAUCGAAAACAUACAGGAAGCGUUUCAAAAGGAGUGAGAGAACAGACGGGGUUCUUUUUUUUUGUGCAUGAGUGCAUGGACCUGGCGUUAGCUUGUUUAUACAGCAUUAAAUUGUUGUCAGCGUCCUGCUGCUAAAAUGCAGUCUGCACGAAAACGCUUAUGAGGAUUGGAAUUAGGUUUAUUUAUGACGCAAAACUCAGCACUUAAAUCAAAGGAUCUGGGACUGACGUGAAGAUCUUGGAUGCAUUUGAUGUAUUAGUGAUUCGUCUUUUGUAAAGUUGGUGUAAGAUUGGUGGAAAGUGGCAAGACAACGGGUUAUUCAUUACAGAAUGUAUAGUAUAAUGCAAAUGUUUUUGGUGUAAAAUUAAAUGAGUUUUGUUUUGGGGACCAUGAUGUGAGCUCUUAUACAGUAUAAUACAAUGCAGUUCAAGCUUUCUCCCAUGAAUACGUUUUCCAGCUUUGUCUCAGUGAAAGAUUUGCACUAAUGACCCUAGUUGUAAACAGAAUAUCAAAAAGUUAAAUCUGUAACAAUAAAAACAGAUUCAGUGUCAAGUGUUUGUGCUCAGCAUCUCCUCAGUCAAACUGAGACAUGUAUACACAAAAUCUAGAGUGAUAUCCAAAUAAAGGGUUGUUU